AUGAAAACCGCCUUAAACCAGGUAUUCUUGAUUUUGUGGUUAAAUGCAUUCAGUGCGAAAUGUGAAGUCGAUCAAGGUUUCGGCAACUGCAUGCAAUACUUUUACAAAAGAACCCCGCCAAGUCUUACUCGGAGUUUCGCUGAAUCGCCCAAAAGCAUCUGCCAACGGUAUGACAAUGCAUACCGCUAUGCCACACUGUACAGCACCAGCUUAAAGAUUCCUGUGUAUUCAGCUUAUACCCUGCCUGAUCCUUGCUCGGGUUCUCCCGAGCCAGAGAGAAGGUCCACAUGGUUUGUCGAGCCUCAGCUUCUGGUAGCCUCUGACACCAGAUCUAAGAGAAAUAUGGAGACAGCUUCCCAGCAAACUGAACGCUACAAGACAGUACAGGCGAUAAACGCAGACUACCGUAACACGGAUUACGACCGGGGUCACCUCAAUCCAAACUUCUACCAAUGUGGAGAAGGAAGAACGGCGACUUUUACCUUGACAAACGCCGUUCCUCAAGAUCCCUGCUUCAACCAGCAGUCGUGGAGGAAAAUGGAAGAAGCCGCCAUGAGGACAAUGAGGACAAAUUGUUCUUUUUCCGGCGCUAGACGUUAUUUUGUGACGGGAAUUGUCCAGCAGAGAAUACGAAUUCCAAACAGAGAACAUGACCUGGAAGGAGACGUGGCUCACAGAGAUUUCAAUCGAGUCACCGUCCCUAGUUACCUCUGGACAGCGGUUUGCUGCGAUGCUUCAAGUUCAGGCAAUCGCGAGAAUGGUUUUUCAUUUGCUUACAUCGGAAAAAAUACUGCUGACUCUUACGUGGACAUUCUGAGCGUGAGUGAACUGGAGGCAAGACUUAUUGGUAAUGACCUUGCUCAAGAUCGCUACCAGGCGGCCAAAAUUUUUGUUGAUGACUGCAAUGAGAAUUCAGCAAAAUCAAAAACUGCACGAGCUCAAGUUGCAGUUCCUGUGAACUUACGAUUGGCAAAUGCAGCGAAUGACUUAAGCAGGGUGGAGCAAUCAACUAUUCCUCUCAAGAAACGCAAAGUCCUUCAAGGGGUGGUGGGUUUGAUACAAAACAACGGUGUAUCUGCGAAAGGUUACUCUCUUGCUCGCAUAGAGUUGGGCAUAGAUUUACCAAGAGAAGUUGACGUAUUGCAAGAGGCUAGAAAUGCAAUGUACACCAGCAGAGCUAGUUUAUUGCUGUAUAAUGCAAAGGCAUCUCUACCGCUCCUCAAUCGCGAUAAACCCGAGAUCGUUGCAAGUGACCACGAUUCUUCCAGCUUGCACCAUGUAGCUCCCAACAGACACAUCAAGAACAAGAGCAAGAAAAGGGAAUCAUCCUGGCUGACCUAUCUCAAAUUUCAGCCAAGAGAGCCCAAGUUAGAUGAGAUCGAUGACGUUAAGCGGCAACGCUCGAACGACCAAGCUACUUCACCGCCAGUAGACGAGUAUUUGAUCGUUCCAAACCUUGCAGCAGAUGAGUCUGAUGUGACAAUCCAAGGCAAGCGCUGCAUAAAUUCCACCUGUGGUUUUAACGGCAAGAAGGAGAAGUGGUGCUACACUGACUGGGCAAAAUCGACGGAGGCCAAAUGCUGUUUUACCCAAUGUAAGUUUAAUGGCGGAAAGGAUCAUCAGACUUGCCAAACAAAUAGCACCAAGUCGACCGAGACCUCGUGUUCAAUCAGAUAUUCUUCCGUCAACGUGAAAGGCCAACGCUGUUUAGCUGAACAUGAAUGCGGCCUCCAUGGGUACAGUUACUACUGGUGCUACAUUGACUUGGACAAGAACUGGGAUUAUUGCUGUCAACCCUGGCACGUUUGUGGCAUUCAUACCAACAGCUACAAAUGGUGCUAUACCGGCAAAACAAAAGAAUCGAAUUACCAAUAUUGCAGCUAUUAG